AUGCUGUCGCUCAACGCAUACAUAUUUCUCAGUUUUCUUGUGCCUGUGGUGUUUGUCCUGGACUACGCCAAUGCCUACCGUGAGUACUUCACGACAGUCGUGGAGCUGACGAACUCGUCCCUGUUCCGCCUGCUGUGCGUCAAUGUUUUUAUUGCGACCACCUUUUUGUUUUGGCUUGUCGCGUGUCGCGUGUUCUUUGGCAAGUUGAACCACACCGAAACCGAGUUGUUGCGCAACUCCGUCCCGCUGUACAUCGCCGAGUGUGUGGUGGGGCCCUUCUACUUUGGGGUGUCCGUUCUUGGCCCCUUCGGUGUGGCCGCGUUGUUUACGGUGGUGUUGGCCCUUCUGCACGGCGUUGCACGGGAGCGGACGACGACACUUCAUGUCGUGGAAUCUCCGGCGGAGCGGCUGCGCAUGUUGAGUGGAUUAACGCUUUUCUUUCUCUUGGCCAUGCCACUCGAUCUUUACGUUGUGUUUGAUGUCUUUGUGAACACCGCCAGGGAUCGAGAUGAGUACUUAACUCUCAAGUACUCCGCUGCCAUUAUGUACCUGCAGUUUGCCAUCUCCAACAUCAAUUUUCUCGUGCGGCUGCUCUUCACGGAGGUGAUUGGGGAGUCGGAUCAUGGCCCUCUUGCCUUUUACGCCGAGCUGUUCUUCUCCCUCCUUAAGAGUUCUGUCUUCAUUGUCUCAUUCACGUAUGUUUGCAUUGUGUCCCAGGCGCCAUUCCCGCUACUACGGGUUCUCAUAAACAGCGCUGUCGAUGUCGUCAAGAAGAUCCAGAGCCUGGUGACAUAUCUCUCCCUGACGAGGUUUGUGCACGGCAUGAAAAAUGCGACCGAAGAUAUUUUGGCACGAGAUUCCUGCUGCGCCAUUUGCCAAGACGAAAUGAAGGCAGAACAGAACUGCAAACAACUUCCAUGUGGUCAUUGCUACCAUGAGCACUGCUUACGACGGUGGUUUGAAGGGAUGUCGACAUGCCCAUACUGCAGGGCCGAUCUUUUGCAGCACAUGCGGAAAGCGAACAGGUCCGUACAUUUUAUUAUAUUUCACAAUCGUCGCCGAAACGCGGGCAACAACGAGAACACCAACAACAACAUUAAUAAUAAUAAUAAUAAUAAUGCCGCCACAUCGUCCGCUGUUCCUCCUUCCUUUACACGAGAGGGGAAUGCCGUGACAGAUACCCUCAGAAACUCCGCUUACGAGCAGUUAAACCCAACUGAAGAGGAGGAAAUACGAAGGGCUUACGCACGGUACUGCGAUGCGAGGAUUCAUGCGGCAUCGCGUGUGACAGGAACCUCAAAUCAGACUGGGGAGCAGCUGCGGGAACCUGCAGCUUCUAUAGGCAUUGUUUCCUCUCUUUUGGAAGCUCGAGGAGAACACGCCACAAGUGAAACUCUGUUUUUUGCGGACACUGGUGGUAGUAAUGAUAGUCGUACGGACGGUGGUGCAAGAGAAGGCGAAACCUUGAAAACAGGCACCGAUUCCGAUUUAAUUAUGCGUAGAAAGUAUCUUCAACAAUUAGACGCUUACAGAGAAUAUGAAGAAGCUAUUAGGAAGGCGUCCGAGACGCUGCGAAGACGUUUAUUGGCCAUUGAGACAUCAUCCUAA